AUGAUAAAUUUGGAAAAAAAAGUAGCCUAAAAGUUUGAUAAGGACAAUGCUUCCUUCUUAAUCUUACUUAAAAGUCAAUUAGAAUAAAUUUUAAAAGCAAGAAAAUAGAGUCUAGCAUUAGAUGCUUCAGAUAUGAUAAUAAAGGAGUGGAUGAGACAGUAAUCUUAUUUGGAAUGGUGGGGAUUGAACAUACUGGAUCAUAAUCUCCAUUUUCUGAUCUCAUACAAAAAAGUGUGACGAAUUCAAGUGAUCAAAUUUAUGAGAAAGUGAUGCUGUAAAAGCCUUCAUGCAAUUCUAAAAUUUAUUCAACUAUUAAUUCAUUAAAAUAGAAAAAGGAGAACGAUGAUUUGUUGUAGGGAUUUUUCCAGACAGAUCUAACCCAAAUUUCAUUCGAAUAAUUUGCCGAUAUGUUGUAAGAACCUAAAACUAAAUAACUAGUUGAAUAGGAAGCUCAGGAGGAUAUCGAGAGGAUUCAAGUAGAAAGGGAACAUGAAUAACAUGAGAACAACAAUGAGGACAAACCAGAACCCAAUUAAAUGAGUGAGUAGGAAAAUAAAUAAAUAAAUUUCAAUAUUAAAAUUUCAGAUCUAACUCUAAAACUAUCAAAGGAUGACUAUUUCUGA